AAAAAAAAAAAAGGCCCCCCGAAAAAAAAAAAUCGGGUGAGUGUGGGGAAGCUCGAAGAGGAGAGAGAAACAAUCUCUCUGCCACUUUGCAACAUUCCUAUAGCCAAAAAAAUCACUGAAGGAAGUUUCUUUUUUGUUUUGGUUUUUUUUUUAAUUUUUUUUUUUUUUUUUGCUGCCUGUGUUGAACUCUCGCCGUUAUUGUUAUUUGCAGCCAGUUUAUUUUUGAGCUCACCCAACCCCCCCCUCCCCACUUAAACCUCCCUGAAAAGUCAAAGCAGAGAGACAGUGAAUAUUUUUGGGGCACGUUUUUAUUAUUAUUAUUAUUUGCAACUGCGAAGAUCUCUUCCCCCCUUCCGCACCAGCCUUUUUUUUUUUUUUUCCUUUUUUUUUUCCUUCCCCCUGCACUGAUGCCGAAGGGGGUGUUUUUGAUGUGGUUGCUUUGGUGGUGAUCGUCGCUGACUUUCCAAAGAGGGUGUUUUCGCCGCCGCCGCUGCUGCUGCUGCUUCUCUCCGCGUUGUGUGUGUGCGCGCGUGCUUUUUUUUUGGUUGCUGCAUCGACGCUGGGAAGAUGCUUCUGGAUGCUGGACCGCAGUAUCCCGCCAUAGGAGUCACUACCUUCGGAUCCUCUCGCCACCACUCCACGGCCGAUGUCACGGACAGAGAAGUGGGGCUGGGGAUCAACCCCUUCGCCGACGGCAUGGGCGCCUUCAAAAUCAACCCCAGCACCCACGAGCUGGCCUCGGCCGGCCAGACCGCCUUCACCUCGCAGGCGCCCGGCUACGCGGCGGCGGCCCUGGGGCACCACCACCACCCGACCCAUGUCAGCUCCUAUUCCAGCGCCGCCUUCAACUCCACCCGGGACUUUCUGUUCCGCAACCGCGGCUUCGGGGAGGCGGCGGCCGCCAGCGCCCAGCACAGCCUCUUCGCCUCCGCCGCCGGCAGCUUCGCCGGACCCCACGGACACACAGAUGCCGCGGGACAUAUACUUUUCCCGGGGCUGCACGAACAAGCCACCAGCCACGCUUCGCCCAACGUGGUGAACGGGCAGAUGCGCCUGGGCUUCUCCGGAGACAUGUACGGCAGACCCGACCAGUACGGCCAGGUCACCAGCCCCCGCUCCGAGCACUACGCCUCGACCCAGCUGCACGGCUACGGCCACAUGAACAUGAACAUGGCAGCCCACCACGGGGCAGGGGCCUUCUUUCGUUACAUGAGGCAGCCCAUCAAACAGGAACUCAUCUGUAAGUGGAUUGAGCCCGAGCAAUUGUCAAACCCCAAAAAGUCCUGCAACAAAACUUUCAGCACGAUGCACGAGCUGGUGACUCAUGUCACGGUGGAGCACGUUGGAGGACCCGAGCAGUCCAAUCACAUAUGUUUCUGGGAAGAGUGUCCGAGAGAAGGGAAACCUUUCAAGGCCAAAUAUAAACUUGUAAAUCACAUCAGAGUCCACACAGGUGAAAAACCUUUCCCCUGCCCUUUCCCAGGCUGUGGCAAAGUGUUUGCCAGAUCAGAGAAUCUCAAAAUACACAAAAGAACUCAUACAGGUGAAAAACCAUUUAAGUGUGAGUUCGAGGGCUGUGACAGGCGCUUUGCAAACAGCAGCGACCGCAAAAAGCACAUGCAUGUGCACACUUCCGACAAGCCCUAUCUCUGCAAAAUGUGCGACAAGUCCUACACGCACCCCAGCUCCCUCCGAAAGCACAUGAAGGUCCAUGAAUCAUCCUCGCAGGGGUCCCAGCCUUCUCCCGCCGCCAGCUCAGGCUACGAGUCCUCCACCCCUCCAACCAUCGUGUCUCCAUCCACAGAAAACCAGACUGCCAGCUCCUUAUCCCCUUCCUCCUCCGCAGUCCAUCACACGUCCAGCCACAGCACGCUUACAUCAAAUUUUAACGAAUGGUACGUCUAAAACGCUAAAACAAAACAACAACAACAACAAAACACAAACCGAAACAAAAAAAAAGCCCCAAGCGAGCAAACAAAUACUCUAUUUAAAGACUCCAAAAUAAUGGACACUCUAAAAUCAAAAUUUAAAUGAGCAAACAAAAGUAAAAUGCUGCCAGUAGACCCAGGACUGAGUAAAAUGAAGACUUAAUUUUUAAAAAUAUUUUUCUUUUUGUUUGUCCUCCAUUAUUUCUCUCUCUGUCUCUUUUUUUUUUUAAUUUUUCCUUUAUUUUUUUUUUUAUUUUUUUUCCUGACUGUUCUGCUCUGUUCCAAGGCUUGGUAGGCGAAGGGGUUAGUAGAAUGCAUAAGAAGACAAGGUUACCAGGGCAAAUGCCAACUGUGUAGGGCUUCACUGGAAACCACUGAUUAGAGAUCGCCAACUGCAUGUCUGCUCGGGCAGCGGCCUUCCCCCCCCAUCCCCUCUUGUAAAUACAGAAUUAUUAGCAUCAAAAACAAAACGACAAAAAAAGUGUACUGUUUGAUUUUGUAAAUAGUUAUAUCGCAAGUUGAAUAAGGGGAUAUGUGGA